AUGGUGCAACAACGGCGGCAAAAUUCGAAUGGCACCGCCACGCGACGCGGUCGAAUACGCACGCAACAGACGGCCAUUGACUACGGUCUGUCGGCAAUGUCAAUGUUCAUGCUUUGGAUGACCGCAUUGAUCGCGGGUCGUCUAGUCGCAUACUUGAAGUUGCCCGAAAUUUUGGGAAUUCUAUUGACCGGAUUGGCUUUCCGGAACAUCACAUUUCUGCACGAACGCAUUUUUGUGGAUGCCACCUUGAAUAAUUUCUUCCGGAAGCUGGCCUUCAUUGUGAUCCUGAUUCGUGGUGGGAUUGGACUGGAAGCAAACGCUUUGCGGCGAAUGCGUAAUGUUAUCCUUCGAAUUGGUGUGCUUGCACCACUUGUUGAGGCCGCGGGCAUUGCGUGUGCUUGCUGUUUUCUGUUCGAUAUGGGCGUUAAAAUGGCUUUGACGUUCGGGAUAAUAUUGGCGGCCACCUCGCCUGCAGUCAGCAUACCGGCAGUAUUGGUACUCAACAAGAAGGGAUUCGGCGUUCCAGACGGAGUGCCCACCGUGUUGUUGGUGUGUGCGGCUGUCGAUAACAUCGUUCUGGUGACACCCUUCAGUGUUCUCCUGGAACUACUCUUCAAUGGAGACGGUUUAUACACGCAAAUCGCUCUGAUAUUCGCUCAAAUCGCUACGGGCAUUGCGUUGGGCUUAUUUAGU